GGGGGAGGGCGGAAGCGGGAACUUCAGGCGCUCCAACCCCUUCACUCAUUCUUCUGCCGAGAGCGGGAGGGAGGUUCUGUGACCAAGUUCGCUAUGGCGGGAAAUCAAGUGCCGGAGCCCAAGCCUUGUGGGCAGCAUUCCAUCCCUUCCAUGUUCACUAAUCCUCGCAUCCUGGGUGGGCGAUCAGGAAAUGGUCGCUCUUUACCUCUCAUGGAUUUUCUGAACCGGAAAUCCGAGAAACGUGCGUCACUUCAGGGCUGUGUAGUGGAUGCUGGUUUGACUCCAGAAGUGAUAGAGAGGUUAGAUGCGUCUCGUAGGAACGAUGCUAGAAGCAAUAAGCAUUUCGAAAACAGGGAAGACUGCCAUGGCAUCGGGAAGGACUUAGAUACCUCUAGACAGGGUAAGGACAUUAGUGAGUGUCGUACAUCAAACCGCGAGCUGGUGUCUUCAACAAGCAAGCCGUGGAGAAGGGCCCAAGCAUUUGCAGAGCCUAGCAAUGGUAAGCUGAAUGAAUGUCUCGAAGAUUCAACAGUCAUAUCUCACGCUCCCGACCGGUCCACGGGUCAAGUUCAUAUAUCCCUCAAACUGGAGAUAUUCAACAGUCGAAGUAGUUCCAGUACUGCUGUGGAAGCACGCUGUGACUAUGAAUUCCUGGAACAAAAUUCGGACAGGCUUAUUCAAAGUAAUGACACUCAUCAAUUUCAAUGCCGUAGCAUGAACUUCAUUGAUUUGACUGAAGAUGAAGAUCCGGCACUCCAGAGGUUGGGAGGCAAAAAUCAUUCACAUGAGAACACUGAAACCCAAAGAAAGAGGAAAAGAUCGCACGCUGUAGCCGCUGAGGAGGCAAUGGCGAGGUGUCCCGUCUGCAAUGAUCUUUUCCCUCCACAUGUAUUACAAGCCCACGUGGAAUCCGAGCUAGAUUCUUUGGAGAUGCUUGGAACAAGCUCAGAACCUGAAGCAUACGAAGCACCCGGCUUUCAUGUUCGUAGAAAUGAAUCUCAGGAAAAUAAACAAGAGGAUGGAAGUACGUGGGAUCGUCAUGACAUAGCCUCAGAAUGCUCAACGCUGUUUAAAGAAUCAAACUUCAAAUCUAGGCCAAAACGAAGUCUGCUGGUGCUUGGAGAUGAACCGAAGAACAGAAAACCGACCUUUCCGCGCGAGAGCAAGAAGCCUAACACUACCUUCAACCAUUAUGCCGAUGGUGCUGGUUGGUUUGAUGAAGGAGGAGUGGGUGUUGACGUAGAAGCCGUGGGUUCAGCCUGCAUUUGGGAAGGUCUCGGAUCCAUGAGUUUUGGGGGAACGCUGUAAUGCUUACUUGCUUAAACGCCAAUGAUAAUUAUCAUGUCCUUUUCGCCUGCUUUUCACAUAGAGAACGAUAAAAGGGCUUGUAAAUUCUAAACCUUUUAUUUAAUGUACAUGUUUCAAGUAU